UGCUCAUCAAAAUUGCAUUAAUGUUCAUUCGAGAUAAAUCGUGAUUUUCAUCAAAAUUACAAAAUUGCUCCUGAUUUUACGAUGCAAGUCGUACAGCCGGAUGUAUGGUAUAGGAACUCCCAUUUCCUGGUUAACAACUCACGGACCACGUGUCGACACAUAUGACAUUUCAUUUUUCUUUCUUUUUCCCUUUAGUUUUCUCUUUUCUUUUUCCAUUUCUUUUCUUUCUUCCUCAAGAAUUGUAUGCCUCACCCUUCGUUUCUUCCUUCUUUCUUGUACGCACACUGCUCCCAUUCUUCAGAGCAACUUCACCCCGGUCAGCCAACAAACAAGGAGCAACUUCGUCGGGAAUCGAGCAGAGAUGAAGGCGAUGGACGCCGUCUCCACUAUUGGAGUGCACUGCCCAUCGGAGUCGUCCUCAAUGUCGCCGGAAAUCUCGUCACAGCCGGAAUCUACCCGACAAAAGAAGAAACGAACAGAGGAAAAGAGGGAUUCCGUUCGAGCAGUGCAGAUGCCGUCACCUUCUGCCGCUCCGAUCUACGACGAGUUCAUCAUUGUCGCCCCUCUCAAAUUCUCCGUCUGAACAGAGAAGAAGAGGCGCCAAAAUCCGUCGGAGUGUAACCAUCAACGUCGUCGUCCUCCAUUUACCCUCGUCUUCCACCAGUUAAUUUCAUACAAAUUCUGAGAGAGGAGACCACUACGAGAAAGAAAAGGGGCGGCUGGAGCCGUAAAGAAGAAGAAGAAAGAGAGAAAGGAAAAGGAA